AUGACCAAAAGUCGAAACAAUAAUAAGGAGAAUGCGAGAUGUCGCAGGAGGUAAUUUCUUUAUUUCGAUAUUGUUAGAUUCGUUUUUUUUCAUUCUGCUUCUUUUUAGGCACGAACCUACUGAUUUCUCGGGAUUGAAAGAAGAGGAAGGUGGAAUUGAGCUUGAUGAAGAAAUAGAAGUCCAUCCGCAGCAUUCGAUAUUGGCAGGGAAUGGUAAGUUAUGUCUCAGUUAAGGUAUAGACCAGACAUAUUACAUAAGUUUAGUUGUUUAUGACUUUGAAUUUUUCAUAACCUAUUUUCAAAGUCUUUUCGGGUCAAUGAUACUAUGGGUCGUGUCGGUUCGUCGUUGUAUGCAUGGGGAGGCUAGGAGAAGGCUUAGUUAGUAGAAAUAAUAAGAUUGAUCGGGUCCUAGGACAGCUUAUCACCUAUUUUGAGGUAUUUUGCAUGUGCUGGAAUCAAUAAUAUCAAGAUAAAGAUGCGGAUCUUCGUUUUUUGUCCCAAAUUUUGGAAUGUUCAUGUUAAUUUUAGACUGUAUAAAACAUAAUAGAAGGAGAUGUUACCAAUAACGCUAAAAUGUUACCUAAAAAAUGCAAAAUGUUACUUAAAACCCUAAACCUAAAAGUUACUGCUAUACUAUACGAAAAGUCGGGACGAUUUUUCAAAAUUUUCAGUCAAAAUUUAGAUUCUUUUGUUGAAAAUCAAUUUAUUCCAGAUGCGUCGAGGCAGUUCAUCAAGAGGCCGCUCAAUGCGUACAUGAUCUGGACAAGGCAUGCCCGAGAUGAUAUUCUAAAAAAGAAUCCUCAUCUCAAGAUGAAUGAGGUCUCAAAAACCGUAAGUUUUACGUUUAUUGUUCUUUGCUGAAUAUUUAGAUAUCGAUAGGAAUUUUAGUUUUUUAAAUUGGUGUUUGUAGAUGGGUGAGAUGUGGAAGAAGCUCCCUGAUGACGACAAAAAACCGUUCUUCUUGAUGGCCCGGAAGGCAGCCGCUAAACACAAGAAAGCACUGGAAUUGAACCCAAAGUUGGCUUACGUUCCCAGUAAAAAGAAACACAAAAAGAUAGAUAAAAAAGAAGAGGAGCACAAGGAGGAGAAGAGCGAGCAGUCACCUUAUCCCACCCCCAGUGCUUCACCAAUCACCAACGGUACUCGACCUUGUAAGGACUUAUUCCAUGAUUCUGAUAUUAGAAAGUGUAAUUUCUUUAUUUUUUACUUUUAGUGCAUCAGAAUGUUGUUGAGAACACACGGCCAGGGCCUUAUCCACAACCAGCAACGAUUGUGAGGACGCCAAAUACUCACUACCAACAACCUCCUUACUCCCAGCCUUAUGAAUAUCGACAGCCAGUUCAGAAUGGGGUCUACCAAUACCCUCCUCAACAAUACACUCAGCAAUCUCAGGUUCGAUAUGGUAGGUUUUUGUGGUUCAUGAGACGUUUUUGAAUUGACACAGUUUGAGCUCUUGUGACCUGAUUUCACAUUGUAAUUUUCAGUUCAACACAAUUACGGGUAUCAGAAUGGAAAUGGAAUUCCCGCAAACUACCCCACGAAUGCUUAUUAUCCUGCCCAGCCGCAAGGUCACAUCAUCCCGAACCCACGGGAUCCCUCCCAAAACCUCGUUCGGAAUCCCUUCGCCAUCUCUUAUUCAGAUCCUCCGGAACCUGUCUACGAACCGGAAUCCGUCGAAUUGUAUCGUGAACUCUACUAUCGUUCCCUGGUCCAAUUGCAAUUCCCUUCGAAACAGACUGGAGAACCUGAAUGUCUCUCGCCAGAGUUCUACCUUCAGCGUUAUUAUUCAUUAGGAGGGACCGAUCCUCCACGUCGAGUUGCUCCCAUGAAGAGCAACACUAAUAACAGCAAUGGCCUCGUCUAUCAGGAACUCUGA